CUCUGUGCUAACACCCCCGGGGAGCCCGCCAUGCAGUUACUAGUCACGGUCAUCCUCACCCUGUGGGUCUCCUGGGCUCGUGGACAAGAAACGUGUUUGAAGUCAAAGGUAAAAAUUGAGAAUGGAUUUAUUGCUGAGCCUGAAUCUACAUAUCUCUUAAAUCAAAAAGUAAAAUAUAAAUGCAAACAAGAUUAUGUCACAGAAGAUGGUCAGACAUCCGGGUCUAUUACAUGUCUCCAGAAUGGAUGGUCAGCUCAACCCAGAUGCAUUAAAAGAGAAUGCAUCGUUCCCGAUAUAGAGCCAAACUUAAUUGUUCAGCCCCGGAAAGAGAAAUAUGUCAUUGGAGACAUGUUGAAAUUCUCCUGCAGAAAUAGAUUCCUCACUCUCGUUGGACCAGACUCUCUUCAGUGCUACCACUUUGGAUGGUCCCGUAGCCCUCCAACAUGUAAAGAGAAAGUACAGUCCUGUGAUCAACCUCCUCGACUCCCCAACGGGACAGUGGCAGACACACCUAAAGGGGAAUAUGGACACGGUGAGGUGGUGGAGUAUGUGUGCAACCCCAGGUUCCAGCUGAAGGGUGCAAGGAAAAUUCAGUGCGUUGAUGGAGAGUGGACACCCUUGCCCGUGUGUGUUGAGGAGGACAGGACAUGUGGAGACGUACCUGAGCUGGACCACGGUGAGGCCGUGUCCCCAGCACGGCCCCCCUAUCACCAUGGAGAGUCAGUAGAGUUCACUUGUGGAGAAGGCUUUACAAUGAUUGGUGACAGCUCAGUUACAUGUAUUAGGGGAACGUGGACCCAACCACCUCAGUGCAUUGCAACAGUUGAACUCAAGAUAUGUAAAUUAUCAAGGGCAACUGCUUAUGAGAUAAACUUGUCAGAUAAGAUUGACUAUGAGCAUAAUCAGACAAUCAGUUACACUUGUGGGAGGAAGUCAGAGCAGAAACGCUCAGUCUGCGUGCACGGAAAGUGGGAGCCCGAGGUGAACUGCACAGAAGCUCCAAGAUGUCCGCCUCCACCUCAGAUUCCCAAUUCUCAACAUAUGGCCCUUUCAGUGAAUUAUCAUGAAGGAGAAAAAAUAUCUAUUCUCUGUCAAGAAAACUUUCUACUCCACGGAGGAAAGGAAAUCGUGUGCCAGGAUGGACGAUGGCAGUCAAUACCGCGCUGUGUCGAAAACACUCCAUGUUCUCAACCGCCUCAUGUAGAACAUGGAAGCAUUAAUUCUCCCAGAGAAACAUUGGAACCCAAGCUAUAUGCGCAUGGCACCACAUUAAGUUAUAUUUGUAAGGAUGGUUUCAAAUUAUCCAAAGAAGAUGGGAUAACAUGCCACCAGGGAAAAUGGAGCGCUCCACCACAGUGUGUAGGACUUCCUUGUGGACCAUCCCUGUAGUUUCCAAUGCUGUUCUUCCUAACAGGUUAAACAGUUAUCCACAUGGGAUAAAAUAUAUGUACACCUGUAACAGAGGAUUUCAGAUCCGUGGAUCUGCGUCUGUAGAAUGUUCAGGGGGAAAUUGGUCCCAUCCACCAGAAUGCACAAAUCUCUCCUGUGGCAGUCCUCCCACAGUGCAAAAUGCCUUCAUACUAAACCAGAAGCCUAGGUAUCGACAUGGGGACACAGCACGUUAUGAAUGCAGACAGCCUUUGGGCCUCUUCGGGAAAGCAG